CUCAAACUCUGCUCCCAUUUCCUGGACCAUAUUCAGUUGAAUGCAGCUGCUGCACUGAGCGAUAAGUCAUCCCACCCUGCUUCCAUCAUGGCUCAACUGGAAGAUAACUACACCGAAGUCUCAAAUGUUUUCAUUGUUGGGUUUCCAGAACUCCAGCUGGAGUAUUUUCACAUGGUGGCAUGGUUCUUGUUCAUCCUCUAUGUGACCACAGUGGUGGGAAACCUGGUACUGGUGGUGAUGUUUGUUGUGGAGCACAGUCUCCAGAAGCCAAUGUAUAUCAUCAUGGUCAGCCUGGCUCUCUCAGACAUUGGUUUUGCAACAGUGGCGUUACCAAAACUUAUUGCUCGCUAUUGGUGGGAUGAUGGGAGUAUGGGCCUUUAUACAUGCCAGUUCCAAAGACACAUGAUCCACUAUUUUGGCAGUUUGAACUCCCUGAUUUUGCUGACCAUGGCUGUGGAUCGAUACAUGGCCGUCUGCUUACCUCUCAGAUACCCAAUGUUAAUGACGGUCCCGACUAUGACCAUCCUGACAGUUCUCUCCUGGUUAGUGGCCCACAUCUUCCCUGGUGUCAGCUCCAUUAACUUUACCCAGAUACCUUUUUGUGGGCCAAGUCAAAUCAUACAGACCUUUUGCGACACCUUGUCUCUCGCGGCUCUUGCAUGUGGGGACAAAAGCCAACUCUCAAAGGCUUCUUAUGCCACAGCAAUGUUUAUCCUUCUUGUUCCUUUAGGUUUUGUGAUCAUAUCCUACUUUUGCAUCAUAAUCUCAGUCUUUCACAUGACCAAUGGGCAGGGCAGAAAGAAGACCUUUUCUACCUGUGCCACCCAGGGUUGCAUAAUUUCAAUAUACUACAUACCUCGUUUCGUUAUCUACUCCACAUUACUCAUCCCUAACCUGUCAAUGACUCCGAGCAGCCGAGUAGCCACAACAUUUUUCUACAGCUUCUUCCCUCCCCUGAUCAACCCGUUUGUCUACUGUCUGAGAACCAAGGAGAUCCGGUCAAUUUUCUGCCGCUGGCUUCAGAGCCUGCAUGGUAUUAAGCCCAAGUCCAGCAAAAUAGAAACUGUCCCCAAAUUAAAAUGAAAAGCAUUGUAUCACCACUUUUUUAAAAAUGCAUCUGUGUAUAAUGUUUGGUAACACACCUGAGACUAGAAAUGACUAUUUUAUGCCCACAACUAGAACAUUUUAAAUGUUUUAACGGUGCUCUCAAAGCUCUUUAAACCUUGCUGGUCCUGUAAAUUUAUUUUACUAGUAAUACCCUUUGAACUACAGUUACUUGCAAAUAGUCUCUUUUACACAUACUAUUAAAUGUCUUUAAAGAACCUUUUAGGAGGUACAAACCAUAUUGUAAUAACAUUCUUUGUAGUAUUUUCUUUAGCCAUUAGUGGAAAAUAAUGACGAUUAACGAAAAGUGCAGCUUGAAAAAAAAUAUGUAUCAUGUGUUUUU